CUCUCUUCCCUAAAUCGUUUCUAACAUCACUUCCCAAAUCUCUAUAUUUCUAGGGUUUUUUUCCCUCUCCGCCGAUCUUAUACGUACACGGUACACCGUUUCGCGUGUGUGUACACGCUGAUAUCGGAAUUGGGCUUCGCUUUGAUCGCCGUCGUCGAGAGGUAGGAGACGAGGAGCCAUGUCGUUGAGGCCGAACGCGAGGACGGAGGUUCGCCGGAACCGGUACAAGGUUGCGGUGGAUGCGGAUGAGGGUCGCCGGAGGAGAGAGGAUAACAUGGUGGAGAUCCGGAAGAACAAGCGCGAGGAGAGCUUGAUGAAGAAGCGCCGCGGAGGUAUGCAAGCUCUUCAGGACUUCCCUCCUUCAUCCGCCGCUCCUCAAGCCUCCGCCGUCGAGAAGAAGUUGGAGAGCUUGCCGGCUAUGAUUUCUGGGGUUUGGUCGGAUGACCCAUCGUUGCAGUUAGAGUCCACUACUCAGUUCCGCAAGCUUCUGUCUAUUGAGAGAAGUCCUCCGAUUGAGGAAGUGAUACAAUCUGGAGUUGUACCUCGGUUCGUUGAGUUUCUUAAGAAGGAAGAUUUUCCCCAGCUUCAGUUUGAAGCGGCUUGGGCGCUAACAAACAUUGCAUCUGGAACAUCGGAGCACACAAAGGUAGUGAUUGAUCACGAGGCUGUUCCUAUCUUCGCCCAGCUUCUUGCUUCCCCAAGUGACGAUGUCCGUGAGCAGGCUGUAUGGGCAUUGGGAAAUGUUGCGGGUGAUUCGCCCCAGUGCCGAGAUCUUGUUCUUAGAUGUGGGGCGCUGAUGCCACUGCUGGCUCAGUUGAAUGAGCAUGCCAAGUUGUCUAUGCUGAGAAAUGCCACCUGGACUUUGUCAAACUUCUGCCGUGGCAAGCCUCAGCCCCAGUUUGACCAGGUGAAACCAGCACUUCCAGCCCUCGAACGUCUUGUCCAUUCGAAUGACGAAGAAGUCUUGACGGAUGCUUGUUGGGCACUCUCUUACCUUUCUGAUGGUACAAAUGACAAGAUUCAAGCUGUAAUCGAGGCUAAUGUCGUCCCAAGACUUGUUGAACUUCUCCUUCACCCCUCUCCAUCUGUGCUCAUUCCUGCACUUCGUACGGUUGGAAAUAUAGUUACUGGAGAUGAUGUACAGACCCAGUGGGUGAUCAAUAGCGGUGCUCUGCCCUGCCUUGCAAACCUCCUUACACAAAACUAUAAGAAAAGCAUAAAGAAGGAGGCUUGCUGGACUAUAUCAAACAUUACCGCUGGAAACAAGGAACAGAUUCAGGCUGUAAUUGAGGCUGGUUUAGUUGCCCCCUUGGUCAAUCUGCUUCAAAACGCUGAAUUCGACAUAAAGAAAGAAGCUGCUUGGGCAAUUUCAAAUGCCACCUCGGGUGGUUCUCAUGAUCAAAUCAAAUACAUGGUGGAGCAAGGAUGCGUAAAACCAUUGUGUGAUCUCCUGGUUUGCCCUGAUCCGAGGAUAAUCACGGUCUGUCUUGAGGGACUAGAAAACAUUUUGAAGGUCGGAGAGGCAGAGAAGAACCUGGGUCACUCGGGGGACACAAACUAUUAUGCCCAGCUUAUCGACGAUGCGGAGGGAUUGGAAAAGAUCGAGAAUCUGCAGAGCCACGACAACAAUGAGAUCUAUGAGAAGGCUGUGAAGAUCCUCGAGACAUACUGGCUCGAGGAAGAUGAGGAGGACGAGACACUACCUCCUGGAGAUGGGUCUCAGCCAGGAUUUCAGUUUGGAGGGAACCAAGUUCCAGUUCCAUCCGGAGGAUUCAAGUUCGGCUGAACUCAAAAGGUAAUAACCCUCCAACUAACAAAACCUCCAAACCAGAGCUUUGAAGGUUUUGAUGGGAAUGCAAUGUGAAGGUCAGUUGUCAGGGUCGGGGUCAUGGUCGGGGGUCAGGUCGGUCUUUAAAAAAAAAAAAAGAGUACAGCAGAGUGAAAGCAAAGAAAAGCUUUCAGUUUUGGGUUCCAUGGGUGCAAAGCCUGUUGUGUGGGAGAUAAUGAAACGCUGCGUUUCGAUGUCCUCUCGGGGGUGAUUUUGAAGUCUCACCAAUCGGUACACCCAUUCCCGAGUUUUAUCUCUGUUUUUAUCCUUUUGGGUUUAUUUUAUUAUUUUAUAUUAUUCUACUUUGAUUUUGUAAUGGAGUCUUCUUGUUCUACUUUGAUAUGUUGUUUUGGACCCAAGGGUUUUUUUUUUAUAAAAAAAAACAAAUUUUAUAAAUGUCAAAAGGAUUGUUGAGGUGGUUUA